UUGUGGAAGAGAAGCGGACGCCUCGCGGAUGCACAAGGCUUCGUUCAGGGCAGCGAGAUGAAGAAGCAGAGGGAGAGCCAGUGCACUCAGAAGACCAUCUCAUUGCUGAGCCCCCUGGGGACGAUCCAAGUCAGUGGAUGUGAGAAUGGUGUGCACACCAUCCAGAUCCUAAUGGAUGUCGCACCUGCUGAAAGGAGCAGUGAGGCCCCCCUGAGCUGUGUGGUCAACGAUAGCCUGGCAGAAAUGAGCCCCGAGUUGCAGCGCUGCGUCGAAUGGCUCCAGGCGUACUUCAGCGAGCCGCGGACCACUGGGAGUCUCCCGCUCCCUGCCUUUCACCACCCCGCCCUGCAAGGAGAUGCGUUCAGCAGCCGCGUGUUGCAGGUACUUCUGAAGGAGGUGAAGUUUGGAGAGACGGUCUCGUACAAGCGCCUCGCUGAGAUGGCGGGAAACCCCAGAGCGGCGCGGGCAGUGGGAGGGGCCAUGAGGAGGAACCCGGUUCCUCUGCUCGUCCCCUGCCAUCGAGUCAUCUCUAGCAGUGGACAGAGCGGGCCGUACAUGAGCGGCAAGGGCAACCAUCUCAAACAAUGGCUGCUCACCCAUGAGAGGCACGGAAGCGAAGGCUAAAGCAUGACAGGGGCCAACUGUCCUUCAUUCACUACACACACACACACACACACACACAAGGCCAGGAUUUUUUUUUUGUAAGAACGCAAAACAGGGCCAUAAAGUUUAGCGUGCUUGUCUCUCUCGGUGGAACAACUGGAGCUUCUUGUGGAUAUUCAGUGUAUUCUUCUUUUUUGUACAUCUAAGAAUAGAGAUGCUGCAUUGUUAAUGUGAUACAGAGUUGUUGCAGAAUUAGAAUGUACAAAAAUAACUUAAACAGAGAACAGUAGGAAUUACAAACAUAUGCUCCCGUGGGUCUCCGUUGCGUUUGCCAGAUAGUGCUGGAAUGGUUUUUCUAAAGAAUUAUUAUUCCCUUAAAAAUAUGUCUCUUGCAUUGUUGUUGUUGUUGGGUUUUUUUCCCAAGCAGAAUUAGUCUUUGUAGCGCUCGUUGGUUUUUUAAUUUCCUGCCAAGUGAAUGCUUUGUUCAACAUCCAGUGAUAAAGGCUCUGGAUUUUACCGCUACAAAGCUUUGUAGUGAAGCAUUUGUUUUGUCUUCAUUUAGAUCUCAUUGUUUGCUCUCGUCUUAUAAUGCACCUAGAAAGGAGACGUCUUAUGCAUUAUAUAAAUAAAUACUUCUCAAAAUGACAA